AUGGCCAACAUACCCAUGAUGUGCCUCGCAGAGAUAGUCUGUGAGAUCCCUCCGUCGUCGCUCUACUCUGAGCUGCCAAUACAAGAACGACUAGUCACCGUGGGCAUGAACACCAGUGGCCUGUCGGUCAAUGGACCGGCAGUUGUGCCUAACUCAACACAGGCCACGAAGAUUAGCAGGGUUCUCGCCGCCUAUCACGGUGUAGUACCUCAGAGCAAGCAUACGGUUGUUGUCGGGAUGCACGCAGACCGGAAUGAUCAAAAUAAGGCUGCCGCGGUGUUCCGCACGGCAAGAGAGACGGUUCAAACUGAGAAGUACGGUCCGAAUUCCUUCAUUCAACAGUUCAUCCCCGGCAAGGCGAGGGAGCUUCAACCGCCAAACGAGACACGGGCUCAGACCGAUACCCGCACGGCGGAGCACCAGGCCUUCCUCGAUGCAAUGGCAUCGGGGGAAAGGCUCUGGGUGAACACAUACGAGUUGGAAUACCGAAAAACUGUCGACGCGCUCCCGGCCGCCAGGGGUCUUGAGAGGACACGCCUAACCCGAAAGGCUGAACUCUAUCAUAGGAUGAAAGAUAACCCCCCACGAUGCGCCGUCGACCUGAACACACUACACUCACGGCACCAGUGUGACCAGGCCAAGAUGAUCCCGCUCGGCCUGCGAAAUUGGGAACUUAUCCUGGACUUCUGGCAAGCGACCAUCACCGACGACAUACUCACAUCACAUCUUGAGAAAGCUUCUAACGUGGUUGACAUCCGAAGAAUGCUUGAGAGAAACAACGUACCAGAUUUCAAAGACAUGCAAGGCAAUCUCUGGAUCAACGCUUGUGCGUUGAUCGACCUGCAUAUCGUUGGACCUAACCAGUCCAAGAAGCAGGAAAUGCUACUUGACGACCGAUCGCGCCGCAUGGCGGCCUAG